AUGCAAUACAAAUCCACCGUUUUGGCUGCUGCCGCGCUAGCCACCUCUGCCUCUGCCGCUGUGACCGGCUCUGAGCCAUGGAGCACUUUGACUCCUACUGCCACCUAUUCAGGUGCCCUCACAGCUUACACGGAAACUUUCGGUAUCGCUGUGGUGCCAGUGUCGUCCUCUGUGUCCACUUUGAGCGCUGCUACCGCCUCCGACCACGCCAAGAGAGACGCCAUUUCGCAAAUUGGUGACGGCCAGAUCCAGGCCACCACUGCCACUACUCCAAAGUCCUCCGCUGCCGCUAUUUCCCAGAUCGGUGACGGUCAGAUCCAGGCCACCACUGCCAAGUCUACUCCAAAGUCUUCUGCUGCCGCUAUUUCCCAAAUUGGUGACGGUCAAAUCCAGGCCACCACUGCCACUGCUCCAAAAGCCUCUGCCGCUGCCAUCUCCCAGAUCGGUGACGGUCAAAUCCAGGCCACCACUGCCACUGCUCCAAAAUCUUCUGCCGCUGCCAUUUCUCAAAUCGGUGACGGUCAAAUCCAAGCCACCACCACCACUUUGAAGCCUUCUGCUCCUGCCAUCUCCCAGAUCGGUGACGGCCAAAUCCAGGCCACUACUGCUAACGCUACUACCGUGAGCGGUGCUUCUCAAAUUGGUGACGGUCAAAUUCAGGCCUCUUCCACCUCUGCCUCGAUCUCUCCAGCCUCCACCUCUGACGCUUCCUCUUUCGUGUCUUCCGUCUCUUGCAAAGCUGAAGGUUCUCUAUCCAUGACUUUGGACAAUGGUAUGCUAAAGGAUUCCAAGGGAAGAAUCGGUUCUAUCGUUGCCAACAGACAAUUCCAAUUUGACGGUCCUCCUCCACAAGCCGGUGCCAUCUACGCUGCUGGCUGGGCCAUCACCCCAGAAGGUAACUUGGCCAUUGGUGAACACGAUGUCUUCUACCAAUGUUUGUCGGGCAACUUCUACAACUUGUACGACGAAUCCAUCGGAUCCCAAUGUUCUCCAGUCCACUUGGAAGUCAUUGAGCUCAUCGACUGUUAA